AUGGUUUCUAUUCUUCCCUUCAUCUGUGUUUUCAAUCUAGUUUUUCCGAUACACUCCAUUUUAUCGUUACAGUUUUACGACGGCAAAGAUUGUGAAAACCUUGAACUAGUAGAUGGUUUUAACUACCUUCGCAAGACUAACAAAGGUACAUGUGAAGCAUAUAUAGUCUAUAAAACUCAAGUUAAGUAUCAAUCAGUUUCAGCCAUUUCGUCUCUUUUCAAUUUGGAAAACCAAACUCAACUUCUUUCUCUCAACAAUCUUAAUGAAUCAACUUCUGCCAAUCUUCACAUUCCUCGAGAUAUCAUUGUCCCAGUAAAUUUUUCUUGUUCUGGAGGGUUCUCUCAAGCUAAUUUCACUUACACUUCUUCUAGCUCUGACAAUUUUGCUACGGUUGCCUGCAAUGUUUUCCAAGGAUUGCUGAAGCUGCCUGUUCUUAUAAAGCAGAACCCAGGUUUUAAUGUUACAUCUAAUGGUGUUGAAGUCGUGGUACCUGUAAGAUGCGCAUGCCCUGAUGAAAUUGACAAAAAACAUGGUGUCAAGUAUCUUGUUACGUAUCCAAUAGUACAAUAUGAUAACACAUCAUUCAUAGCUAAGAAAUUUGGUGUUCCUGAAGAGAAAAUCUUAGCUGCUAAUAACCUAGACCCAUUGACAACAAUCUAUCCUAAGACUGCACUGGGCAUUCCCAUCAAUGGAAUCCCGGUUUUGAAUUUGGAAAUUAGUCCUUCGCCAGAUACAGAUCCUUUUCCUGCGUCUGCAAUUCCUUUGCAGAAACUUCUUCAUACAAGUGGACUAAACAAUAGGAACUUGUAUAUACUACUUUCAGUGGGUGUCUUAACCACGGCGUUAUUACUUAUUGCAGCUCUAAUGAUUUAUAUUAGUGUCGGUAACAGGUGGAAUCCUCUUAGCUUUUAUCUGUUAUCUUCUAGAAGCCCAGAAUUGUCGAUUUUCUCGCGUGAUUUCCUUGAUGGCAUAUCCAAGCUAAAGCUUUCCUUGUACAAGAUCAGUUUGGAUGACUUAAGAAUUGCUACUGGGGGUUUCUGUGAAGAUGCAGUGAUUGGUCGAUCUGUAUAUCGAGGAAGUAUUGGAGAUACACAUGUAGCAAUUGACAGAUGGAUUCAGAGGAAGAAACACACCGAGUUAUUGAUAUAUUAA